UUUCCCCGGCUGGUGCCGCGGGUCCGGAGCGAGCCGGGCGCGCGCCGCGGGGCGGGCGGGCGCAGCAAACACUCCCUGGAGAAGCCCAGCAGCGAGCACCCAAACCCCCAACCCACCCGCCGGUCCAGGCCAACAUGGGGCUGCUGGAGAGGCUGGGCAAGGAAUGGUUCAUCCUCUGCAUCGUGCUGGCCAUCGUGCUGGCGAAGAUGGAUCCGUCCGUGGGGGCCAAGGGCGGACCACUGAAGCCUGAACUGACUAUAACCUACAUUGCUGUUUCAGCCAUAUUCUUUAACAGUGGACUGUCACUAAAAACAGAGUUUUCUCAUCUGCAAAAUGGGAAUGACUAUGUUUGCGCUGUCUCCCAUGAGCUGACUAGUGCUUUGAUGCAUAUAAAAUUACAUCUUUUUGUUCAGAUCUUUACACUUGCAUUCUUCCCAACAACAAUAUGGUUUUUUCUUCAGUUGCUCUCAGUUACAUCUAUCAACGAAUGGCUUUUAAAAGGUUUACAAACAGUUGGUUGCAUGCCGCCUCCUGUUUCUUCUGCAGUGAUCUUAACCAAAGCUGUUGGUGGGAAUGAGGCAGCAGCUAUAUUUAACUCAGCCUUUGGAAGUUUUUUGGGCAUCAUUGUAACACCUCUGCUGCUGCUGAUUUUUCUUGGAUCAUCUUCUUCAGUGCCUUUUUCCUCUAUAUUUUCCCAGCUUUCCAUGACAGUUGUUGUUCCUCUCAUUAUCGGACAGAUUGUCCGAAGGUACAUCAAGGAUUGGCUCGAGAGGAAGAAGCCUCCGUUUGGGACGAUCAGCAGCUGCGUUCUGCUCACAAUCAUCUACACGACCUUCUGCGACACUUUCUCCAAUACCAACAUUGACCUGGACGGCUUCAGCCUUCUCAUCAUUUUGUUCAUAAUAUUUUCUGUUCAGCUGAGCUUUAUGUUUUUAACAUUCUUCUUUUCCACAAGGAAAAAUUUGGGUUUCACACCAGCAGACACUGUUGCUAUCAUUUUCUGCUCUACACACAAAUCACUCACAUUGGGGAUUCCAAUGCUAAAGAUUGUGUUUGCAGGCCACGAGCACCUCUCCUUGAUAUCUGUGCCCUUGCUGAUCUACCACCCAGCACAGAUCCUGCUGGGCAGUCUUUUAGUGCCAACAAUCAAGUCUUGGAUGGUGUCAAGACAGAAGGGUGUGAAGCUGAUGAGGCCAACGGUGUAACACUAACGGGGACCUUCGAGUCACAGAUGUGUAUAUAUGUACAAUACUGUACAAUCACAUUCAUUCAGAAGACCUGUAUUUGUGAAUGUUGCUUCAAUGCAUAUUUUAUUUUUUUAUAAUGAAAAAAAAAAGAUAGAUCUAUUUAAGUGCCUUAAAAUGCAUUUGGCCAGAGCAUUGUUUCCAGAACCUUCUUUGCUGGUGACCAGCAGAGGUUGUACAGUAUUUUGAAACUGUUUAUUUUUCUAACUCAGUGAAAUAGUCACUCCUGAUUAAGAAGCAAACCUUGGAUUCCCUUUCACCGUUUUCUGUGUAACUACAAGCUGUGGCAGAUUCAUGCCUAUUGUAAAGAGGGUCCAAAGACCAAGAAAAUGCCCUUCUGCUGACAAAACUUUAGGGGAGCCCAUUUCCAAAGUUUCUCCCUCCGAUACCUUGACUUUGUGUGGUGUGCGUGUGUAUGCGUGCGUGUCUCCUUUAUUCUGAAACUGUGACAUGCCUCUUUCUUCUCUGUUUGUGUAUGCUCAAGCAUGGGGCCAGAGAGUAGAUGGGCUGGAUGCUAGAAAAGCAGAAAAUAUUUGCAUUCAUUGACAUGAUUUUUUCUAGACAUUCCUUCAAAUUAAGAGUGUCCUCAAGAUAAUUCUUUCAAUUCCGUUGUAUGAGAUGGUGGCAUUUUUCUGUCUUAAAUGCAUCAUAGGCUGUUUGAUUCAAAGGCACUGAUAUUUGAGUUAGAAGUAAAGUUCGGGGGGA